AUGCGCCUCUUCAGCAAGGCCCUGCGCCGCCGUCGCCAUCGAGCAGGUCCCGAGUUCGACCUUUUGAGCGCAGCUUUUGGUUUUCCCUUUCGCUACCGAACUAAACCUUCAUGCAACAAGAGUCCUGGACGAAUGAAGAUCGUCUAUGAUCAUCCUUCCGACCCCAACGACGAAUCAGAGUCGGAUGAAACAUGCUCUUCAUCUUCCCUGAAUGAUCGUGGACGACAACAGCAUCGCAGCCGUCACCUGUCUGAAAGACCUCCGACUCCUCAUAGAAACACUCCAGCGUCUCCCAGCACUUCAAAAAAGAGCUCUUCACGAAAGAAGCAGCAUCGGCGAUGCCGUUCGCGAGCUUCAUCUCGAUCUAGUCCUGCAAAAUCGACUCGCUCUCGAGCCUCUCGCUCGACAUCUCGUCGACCAAACAUUGGAAGCAUGACUCGCCCAACUACCACCCCCUAUGUACAGAGUUCCACAACAUUUCCACCCCCCAUUCCUAUUCAUUUGUCGAAACCACCGUGUAAUAUUUUUCAGUUGAAAACAUUUCCUAUUUCUACUUUGAACCAACCUUUUGGACUUCCAGUAUGCCAGUCAAUGCCUCAGCAGCAAGUAUACUACCAGAACCCAGUCAACUUUGGGCCGCCUCAGCCAUCUGCUAUGAUUCGAGCUCCAGUCCCUCAGUUCAUGGCUCCGGCUAUGCCUCCGCCCGUCAUGGUGCAGCCACCUCCUGGCCUAGCAAAAGUGCCUGUGUCUUCUGCGACUUUAAACAGCAACGUGAUUCCUCCAGUAACAUCUGGCGUCGAUUCUCCAAAGCCAAACUCUCAUACUCCUAGGCCAUCUGACCCGUGGACAAACGACAUACAGCGACUGCAGAAACACAUUGACGCAAAGAUGGCUGAUCUGUCUUCCGAGCCUAACAGCAGAGUUUUACGUCGUGACCUUCGUCGUCUACAAGACCGACUAAACUCGACCUUGAACAAAGCUAUUACGCACAGCAAGAAGUCACACGCAAGGAAGCUUUCCCUCACAUCGGCCAGCAACUUCUCGCAGCUGGCCCUCGGCGGAGAUGCUGCAAGCGAGCCUGCAACUGCCCUGGUCCGCAGCCUCAUCGCACCUGUGCACAAAAUGGAGAACGAACAGCAGCGAAAGCACCACACACAGCAGGUCAAAAGCCCUCAACGCAUUCCACGUCACCAUGUCUGCUCAGAAUGUGGUAACAUUCGCUCACAGCAAUUCCAUAAGCGUUGGCCCCUUAAAGACUCAAGUAAAUCACACAAGAUCAACUACUGCGAGAGCUGCCGAGAAGGGAUGUUCAAUCGAGGUAUUGUUCAAAAAUACCACUUCUGUUUCAACUGCGGAGGUGCGAGGUCGAUGGCAUUCCAUCAGCAGCAUCCAGUGCUACCGGGCGAGCCUAUCUUCGUCAACUAUUGUGGUUCAUGUACCGAAGAGUUCAAGGUCUAUGAGAGUCUUCCAGAUCAUUCUGUCAUCAACUUUGUUGACCCAAGAAUUGAGACACACACUCUUUCUGAUUCGGAAGAUGACUUGGAUUCACUCACUGUCAAUCGUCACUCGAACAACAGAACCGACCAUGACAGUGUCCGAAGCGAUCAGCGAUCCGAAUUCAAAUUUGAGCGGCCUGCCGAGCCACCUCGCGGAAGGCGAACAGAGCCACGUACCCCUAAAUCGCCUGUUGUUGCAUUAGAUGUCGACUUCGUGCCCCCUGAAUCGCCGUACUGCCCCUCGCGAAGUACUAGUUCUUCUGACCGUCGAGCGGAGAGGAAGUCCUCUGGGCAAUUCAGUACAGGUUCCAGUCCCCACAGAGAGGAAUUCGAGGCGAAGGGCAACUACCAAGCGCCCUACGUCGAAGAUUCCUCGUCGAGUCAUCAUUCCAGAGUAGCCACCCCGACUUCUAGCCUUCGCUCUAAGAAGAGAGGAAAGAAGACUGAAUCCAAAGAUCGUGGAACUCGAAAGAAUCUCUCCCCUGAUGUUGUACUCAAGUCCGCACUGGUAGGUAGUGACCGGUCUUCUUCGGAUGGAUCUAGAAAGGCCAGAGCCAAGACGUCAGAUGAAUCGCCUCGAGUUCGCGGGGAGUCUCUCGACUCUGACUGUUCCGACCCAAGUUCUUCCAAGUCUUCGGGCAACAAGACAGUGAGGUUCAAACAGUCUGUCGACAUUCGUACAGCCUUGCCGAAAGAUGCAGACGACUUCUCAGAGCCUGGAAGUCCCAGAUACCCGCGUUCUCCGAGCUCUCCUCUCAUCUCUCGCAAGCAGUCUACCUCUCGCCGUACCAAAGACCUGAGAGACAAGUACUUGCACCCUCACUAUGGUCAACAUUCGAAUGUACCCACAGGCUUUCAUCGUGAGCACUUGCACACUCCCGAUAGCUUUGUCCCUGGAACACCCUCAAAGGGGUACUCCAAAGGAGCAUUCAGCAACGACUUUGGCAUUGGCGGACAUUGGGAUUCUUUCGCAAGCCCCGGGUAUCCUUACGCCGACCAUCACUCGGAAAACUCUUUCCACAACUACUAUGACGUUGGUGAGGAUUGUAAGGCAUCAUCUUCUCAUCACUACAACUAUGACCAGUACAGGGAGUCGACCGCAUCUCUUCCAUCGCGCCUUUCUACCGGGAGUAUAUUUGCCUCCUUCUUCGAGAAGGACAAGGCGUCCUCUGAAAGAUUUGGCCCUCGCAGUUCCAAUGACAGUCAGCCAACACCUUGCCCUCGGCCAUCUCAGUGUUCCUCAAACAUCUUCAGUUCAUUCACGGAACCUGAGUUACACAGCUGCACAGGUGCAGGGUCAGUUACUGAGAAAGGCAGUGGUCCAGCCGGAAACAACCCAUAUUACACGCCCCGUAAGCGCAGUCACCCAGAAUCACCUUACGGUGGUUCUCCUACCCAAUCGGACAAAUCCCCCAAGCGGGAUUUUGAUUCAUCUUCGUCCGCAAAGUCGGACAAGUUUGUUUGGAAGAAUGCCUUUAAUCCUGUCCCAGUAGUUGAAGAGCUGGGCGCUGCCGGUGACACUUCACCUAAGAGCCCAACAGACCUGCUUGAGUUCAAUAUCGUCAUUAAUCCAGCUUCUCCCAUUGAUGAUGGAAUUGACGAGGUGUCAUCGGAGUUGUACUCCAACACGCCACCCUCAUCGGACGAGAACUAG